AUGGCAGCUACGAGCAGCUCUGUCGCAGGGGGCCCCCCCUUCUCGCUGGCGGGAUGGGGGGCCACCUUAGUGCCCUACAAGGGCCCCCGUUAUCUAACAGGGAGGCCCGCCAUUUCUUCCUCAAGCGCACAGGGUCCUGACAGCCCCGUGUGCUUCUUAAGACGGAAGACUAUACGCAGCAGCAGCAACAGCAGCAGCAACAGCAGCAGCAGCAGCAGCAGCAUUGCCACCCUCAUUGAUGAACUCGUUGAAUCUCGAGCUGCUGCUCUAGGGGCCCCCAAAUCAGCUAGACAGAGGGCCCGCAGCGCUGCUUGGGGGGCCCUCCUCAGUUCCUCUGUUCACUGCAGCAGCAACAGCAGCAGUAGCAAGAGUGGCAACAGGCACAGCAGCGGCAGCAAAAAGGGUACAGAGGAGGCACAAGAGUUGAUGCUACUGCUGCUGCAGCAAAAGCAACAGUUACUGUUGCAGCAACAGCACGAUGACGCCAACUUCCUAGGGUGUGCUGCUGCAGCAAUAUGCGGGGAUAUAACGGCGGAGGGGGGCCCCUUAGGGGCCCCCCUUGCCCCUUACAAGGAUCUGCAGCAACACUUGCUGCUGCUGCUGCUGCUGGCAGGUGCGGCAGACAGCACAGGGGCAGCAGCAGCAACAACAACUACAAGCACAGCAGUAACUCGGAAGCAGCGCGCGGCCCUACGUCGGCGGCUUUUGCUGCUCUAUCAACAGCAUCAGCAGCAGCAGCAACAGCAGCCGCAACAGCAGCAGCAACAGCAGCAGCUGCUGCAGAAAAGUCCCUCUAAAGAGGGGGCCCCCUCAACUGUUCCUCUCCCCUUUUCCUCAGAGUUACGGCUAACACUAAGACAAGACCCUCCUAGCGGCAAGGAUAAGACUCCCUAUGGGGGCCCCAUGUGGGGCCCCUCUAGACCCUCCCUGAAGGGUCCUUUUGGGGGGCCACUGUGGGGCCCCUCUGGAGGCUCCGUGAGAGGCCCUUUCGGGGGCCUUUCAGGGGGCCCCUCUUCUUUGGGGGCCCCCCUUGGAGACACAGGGGAGGAGAGUUCUUUAGAAGAUUUAUUUAAUCCCUUAGAUAAUGGUAUUCCUUUUGGGGGUAUUGAGGGAGAGGGGGGCCCCUGUUCCCAGGUGCAGUCCUGGGGGCCCCCUCCCUACACGGAUAGUCCUGCUGCUGCAGCAGAGACUGUAGCAGCACGGGCUCGGGAAGAGGCUACUCCCUACAGCAGCAGCAGCAGCAAAGAAAGCAGCAGCAGCAGCAGCAGCUGGUUGUUGGGAGGUGUGCAGACAAGACUGUCAGGGGACAGGGGGGAGGGGGCCCCCUUCGGUGCCUUAUCAAGGGGAUUCUUGGGGGGCCCCCAAGACGCUGGGGAGGGGCACCAUCAAUUAUCUCUAACGGAUACCUUCCGCGCGGCGCUGUGCAACAAGCAAGCGGUUGCAGCAGCUGCAGCAGCAGCGACUGCUGCUGCUGCUGGUGCAGCAGAAGAGGAGCGCAGUAGCUUAAGCGGAGCUCAUGGGGGGUAUGAUGCAGGUCGUAGGGGCCCCUGGGCCGUUCCUUCUCUGGGGGUGCCCCCAUACGAUGCUGCUGCAGCAACAGCAGCAGCAUCUGCUGGUGGAGAGCAGCAGCUACUGCGUCGCUUCACUGCCCUGUCUCUUAGAGGAGAAACGCGUAGUGGGGGGCCCCCCUUGACAGAAAGUCAGCAGCAGCAGCAGCAGCAGCAGCAGAAGCAAGAUCCCCUUCCCGACACCUCACCAAGGGGGCCCCCCCUUAAGAGCCUCCUAUCUAUACCGGAAAAUGUACUGCUGCGGCUUCAGGGGGGCCCACCACAGCAGGAAGGGGGCCCCUCUGCAGCAGGGGGUCUCUCUGUAGAAGGGGGGCCCCCUGAGUCCUUGCCUGCAGGCGUGUGGCUGUCAGCAACACGUCCUUACCGAUCAACAGAGGGGGCCCUUGCGCUGCAGCUGCCUGCAGCAGCAUCUGGUGCAGCAAGAGCAGCAGCAGCAAGUGUAGCAGAAGCAGCACUGGGAGGUACCCUUAUGGGUCUAACGCAGAGGUUGGAGACAGCAAGAGCUCUGCUGCAGCAAGGAGACAGACACCUCAAGGAGAGAGACACCUCAUCUGCUGCUGGGGGCCCCAGUACCCACCAGACUCACUUUCAUCUGCGGUGGCCCCAGGGGGGCCCCCCUUGGGGGCACCCCCACAGGGGGCCCCCUGAAUGGGGGCCCUCUAGGGUCAUAGGGGCCCAGAGCUCCAUGGAGGCGCAGCGUGCUGCCCCUCUGUGGAUCCGCUGCUGCUGCGCUGCUCUAUUAGGAGACCCUUCUCCCCUCUUCCCUCUUGCUGCUGUCUGCUGCUGCUGCGACAACAUGAGCAUCGAGCAGCAGCAGCAGCAACUGCCUAAUCCUGAGGUGUACGUACAGCCGCAAGAGGUACUCUUUGGAUCUGCCUGCAUCAGCUGCAGCUACAGCAGCACCACCACCAACAGCAGUGGCUGCCCUGCAAGGGAGAGGCCCUUUUUUGCUGCUGCAGAUAUGCGUUGCUGCUACGAGGUGCUUCUUGCUGCACACGGCCCAACAGCAGCAGCAGCAGCAGCAGCAGCAGGUGAAGGCUCAUGCAAAGUUUCGGGGCCCUGGCAAGAGGCCUUGCAGCAAAUUGCAGAGGUGGGGUCUCUCGUCUUGCGGCUAAAGGCAUUUGCCAACGAACUGCUCUUGCCUCCAUCUGUUGUCAUCUCCCGCAGCAGCAGGCAGCAGCAACCGCAGCAGCAGCAGCAGCAGCGCCAGCCCCUUUAUUAUGGCCUUACUCUUGCUGCAUUUGCUGGGGCUGUUAAGGAAGAGCUGCGUGCCUUUGAGCAAUAUUUAGUAGAUGAGGUCUUAGACUUCCCCUCCAGCAGCAGCAACAGCAGCAGCAGCAGCAGCAGCAGCAGCAGCAAGCGGGUGUUCUGGAGCUUCCCUCGAGGAACAGCACUUCUGUCACGACUAAUGAAUGCAUGCGCUACCCUGCAGCACCUGCGGCUGUCUACCCCUGAGCAGCAGCAGCAGCAACAGCAGCAGAAGCAGCAGCAGCAGGCUGCCGGUGGAGAGGCCGCCUUACCCCUCCGCCUACUAGAGGCCUCUGCCCCUGCCUUCCUGAAUACACUUUCUCGUUGUUGCUUUGCGGGCAAGAUGGAGGAUCUAUCCUCCGAGUUUUCUGCGCCGGUAGGGGGGCCCCAAGGGGGGCCCCCUCUACGGGGUGUACGCAUACCGGGUACCUCGGAGCGGCUGCUGCUGCUUCCUGAUCCUCUUCAUUUCUUGGGGCCCCUCAUUGUCUGCUGCACUGUGCUGCAGCAGCUGCUGCAGCAGUAUGACCGGGAUGCUGCCUUGGCGUCUCGCCUCUUUUUCCGGCAAUACAGCAGCAUUACCAGGAGCAGCAGCAACAGCAGCAGCAGCAACAGCAGCAGCAGCGAGGGUGUUGACGAAACACUUAAAGGAGACACUUUAGGGGCCCCUAAAAACCUUUUUGGUGUUCGUGGGGGGUUUGGGGUUGGUGGCUUUCGUGCUGCACUGCAGCAGCUGCAGCAGCCAACAACACCAGCUCUACAAGAUGCCUGCAGCAGCAGCAGCAGCAGCAGGGGCGACAGCAGCAGCAACAGCAACAACAGCUACAAGGAGGAGGCAGAUUUCUGCAACUUUACGACGAGUGUCACAGCCAUGUUGCUGCAGGAUGGAAACAGCAGCAAGAUUACUACUGCUGCUAGCAGCAGCAGUAGCAACUGCAGCAGCAGCAGCAGCAGCAGCAGCAGCAGCGACAGUUCGUUAGUUCUCGUGUUUGAUGCCAGCAGCAUUGCUGCAGCAGUUAAUAAUCAUGAUCAAUGCUUCCAAGCAGCAGCAAGCCGUCUGCAAGGGUUUGCUGCUGCUGGCGGAGACACAGCACUCCCUGCAGCUGCUGAACUGCAGCAAGAGCAGCAGCAGCAGCAGGAACAGCAAGAAGCAGCAGUGGAACAGCAGCAGCAAAAACAAGAACAACUCCAGCAGCAAGCCAAGCUGCAGCACGGCUUUCAAGAGCAGCAGCAGGAGCAAACUCAAUUAGCAUGCAGCCCCGCUGCAGCUGCUACUGCUGCUGCUGCUGCCGCCGCAGAUAUGGCGGUGGCCCCUGCAGGAGCAGCAGAAGCUACGGUGCCGCCAGAGGAUGUGGACAAGGGAGAGGGGCCCUCUGGGGGGGCCCUCGUGGAGGCCGUUGGGGGGCCCACCGGGGGCCCCCUAUACCCUGCCGCAAAGGGGGGAGGGCCCCUCUGGGGGGACCCCUGCAUGCAGACCCGAGCAGAAGUGCCUGGAGAGUGCUUUGGAGCCUCUUUAGUUGUGCUGCUGCAGCGACCGCUGCUGCUGCAGGGGGCCCUAUUUAAUGAGGCGCUGCUGCUGCUGCUGCAGCGAGACGGGAGUCUAGUGGGACUGCUGCAGCAAAUUAAACAGCAAAGGCUGUUGCAGCAUGUGGAGGUGCAGCAGCAACAACAGCACGGAUUAACAAAUCAAAAUACAACGGCACGAGCAGCAGCAGCAAGAGCUGCUGCAGCACCCGCAGCAGCUGCUGCUGCUGGUGGAUCCCUCUGCACCGACAUCGAGUUGCUGCUGCAGGGGGCCCUGGCGUCCCUUCCCAACAGCACAACAGCCCAGGAGCAGCAGCAGCAGCAGCAACAGCAGCAGCAGCAGCUGUUGCACUUUACCUGCAGCAUGCGUUCAGGUGUAGCUGCCGCAGCAGCAGCAGAAGCAGCAGAUGAAAUAGCAGCAGCAACAGCAGCAGCAGAGCUACUAGAUGCUGUGCAGAUCCUCCCUGAUGCCGCGCCUCCCCUACAAUUACUCCUUACCUCUCCUGUAAAAGAGAGGUACUCUUAUGUCUUUUGUUUUCUUCUUCGUCUUGAUGCUGCAUUGGGGGCAUUAAAUGAUUGUUGGAUGCUGCGGAGGAAGCAGCAGCGGCGUCAGCAGCAGCAGCAGCUGCAGCAGGAGCAGCAGGAGCAGCAGCAGCAGCAAUUUGCUGCUAGAUCUCUACAGCUGCAGCAGCGGCUGCUGCACUUCUUACGCGCUGUUCGUGACUUUGCCUUAACAGACGCAAUUGAGGCCCAAUGGAGGGUUUUUAAUGGUCAUGUAGCAGCAGCAACAGCAGCAGCAGCAGCAGCAGCAGCUACAGCAGCAAAAGGAGGUGCAGCAGCAGAUGCAGCAGCAGCAGCAGCAGCAAAGAGCAGCAACCUAAGCUUCUUUACUCUUGUUGAUGCACACAGCCGCUGUGUGGAGAGUAUAUACUCAAGGUCUUUGCUGCUGCGGCAGGAGCAGCAGCAGCAGCAACAGCAACAGCGAGAGGAAGAGGAGUUGGAAAUGUUGCACCAUGGUCUUGAUGGAAAACAGCAGCAGCAGCAACAACAACAACUCCAACAGCAGCAACUGCAGCAGCAGCAGCAGCAGCAGCAGCAGCAGCAGCAGAGUGUCGUGCGGGCGGAUCUCUCUCGUUGUUUCUCUCUUGCUGUUGCUGCCUUCUCUACACCAAUGGAUGCAACAGCACCAGCAGCAACAGCACCAACAGCAGCAGCAGCAGAAACAGCAGCAGCAACAACAGCAGCAGCAGCAGCAGCAGCAGCAGCAGCAGCAAAUGAAUUAGAGUGUCUAUACUUUGAUUACGAGCGCAGCAGCAAGGCCUUCUUACGGGCAUUGCUGCUGCUGCAGCCUCUUAAUAUUUUAUCUCCUUUAUUAUUACGUCUUACCUUUAAUGGUAUUAAUCAAUAA